AUGUCAUCGACAGGUGUGUGUGUGUGUGCCCUGUUGGAUAAUAAGAAGUUGUAUGGACAAGUUACUCUGACGUUCAGAUAUGGCCGUGAAGACGAAGAGGUUAUGGGACUCAAAUUCUGCAACGAAGCUAUAAUGAGUUUGGCACAAAUAUGGCCUAUACACUGCAACCACGAACGGGAACCUAACACUCAACUUCAGGAUGCUCUUAUAAAGCGGCUGGGACCGAACACCUAUCCGUUUCAUUUGGAACUAACUCCACUGGCGCCACCCAGCGUGCAGUUAGUACCAGCAAAGCAGUACAGCGGAGCACCCAUUGGGACUUCCUAUGAUGUUCGAGCUUUUGUUGCAGAACGAGCUGAUGAGAAGGUGUCCCGGCGUAGUACUGUGCGUAUGGGCAUCCGUGUGCUCCAGGGGCCUGGUCGACAGCUGCCGCCUGCUUCUCUGCCCCCCAACUCCUCGCAACGGAUGUUUAGUGUGCUUACGAAUCACAGGCUCAAAAAUAAAAUAAAAUUGGAGACGGACGAGAAUUGUCGCCCCAAGUCCAAGGAAACUGAAUACGUGGUGCCCGCACCACCGCGCGUGACCGUCGAAAAGCCCUUCAUACUCUCGGACGGCAGAGUGGAACUUGAAGCAUGGCUGGAUAAAGCUACAUAUUUUCAUGGAGAGUCGGUGAAGUGCAGUGUCGUUAUAGCCAAUCAUUCGUCGAAGACUGUACGUGGUAUAAAGACUUUGGUGAUUCAACACGUGGACGUGUGUAUGUUCUCAAAUGGGAAAUUUAAGAACGUGGUGGCAUCUGUUAAAUGCAUUGGCACCCGUGUCAGGCCAGGACAACGACUCACCGAGACCUUCAACUUAUUGCCUGACAGAGGUGUUACGAAAAACUGGAUUGCUUUAGAAGAUUCAUACUCAAAAACCGGCGCAAGUCUUGCGUCUACAGUCGUUUGCAGUAAUUCCCCGGAAGAUCGCAACGUAUUCGCUAUCUACGUAUCCUAUUACGUUAAAGUAAAAUGCAUUCUCAGUAAAAUGGGCGGCGAUUUAUCUGUUAAACUUCCAUUUAUACUCACACAUUCUUGCCACAGCGAGGCACCAGUCGAAACUGUUACUGAAGAUGUAAGUCCCAAGGUAAUAUUAGAAGGGAAAGAAAACAGCGAUGAUGAUUCAUCAUGUAACUUAACGGUAGAAAAACGGAAUGCAAGUGGCGUCAUUAGCCGUCAACCUGGUAAGAGUCAAGAGUUUGAAGAAACCAUUGAGAAUGAAGACAUUGAAGUAAAAUCUCCUGAAGACCAUCGCUGUAUCGCUGAUGUUUUAGUCAACAUAGAAAACAAGAUUGUAAGACCGAAGGUGUUUGAAGGGACUGAGGUGCGAGCAGCUAAACCUGCUGAUGAAGAAUUGGACCUUAUAGUGAAGUAUCCAGGAUCAGAUACGUGAUCCGAUGAAGAAUUGUGUACAGGGAAAGGUGAUAAAAAGACUGAAGAAAAAGCAAAGCCAGUGGUUAUUACCGAUUGCAAGAAAGAGGUCCAAAUGAAUAAGAGUGGUUUUACGGAAAAUUUGAAGAGAGCUGUAUGUUGUAUAGACAGGAGGCGGCAUUCAUAGCUGUCGGAGUGUGUAUUGAACAAUAUUGGCACACCACAUGACUACAACAAUGUGUUUUUGAUUGUCACAAUUGUUACCACAGUGCUCACGGUGCAUGUUUGUGUUCAAGUAACGGAGUGGAAUAAAAGACAUGAAAAAUAAUAUUAAGCUGUAAUCAUUUGUUCUUUGAAGAAUUGUAAUUAUUACAUGUUAUUACUAUUAAGUACUAAUUCAAGUUACUUCAAGAUGAACAGUGAUUGAUGAUGAUGAGUAUUAUAUAACUCAUACUGAUUUCUUAAUUAAACAUAGUAAAUUUAUUUCAGUGUCCACCCACUUUUUUAAAAAUUAUACAAAAUUAAUGUAGUUAUAUAUUAACGGCGUCAAUCCUAAAUAUGUCUGAAAAGAACGAAUUGCUAAUCUAGUCAUUAGAAUGUGUUACAAUAAUUUUUUUAAUGGAUGAUAAUGCUGGGGCGCGAGUGGAGAUGAUAGGAUGAAGUUAGAGUCAGGUAAGUUAGCCCAUCGUGGUCAAU